AUGGAACACGUCGCUGAUCCAAUUCUCGCGGUCUCGCGCUCGUCGCUGACGAGCCUAAACACCGACGACGUGGCGCAAGUCGCCCGGCUAUGGAAUGUCUUUACCAAGUGCAAAGAGUCGCUCGAGGACGGGCGGAGAUACGAGAACCUCUCGUGGCGCCUAUGGUUCCGGCAGUCGCACUCGUCCAGCAAGCCCGACCUGGAACAGGCCGCACAGGCCGCGCACCUCGCCACGGCCAAGUACACCAUCCCCCACGCUGCACCGCCCCUCUCCGAGCCGGAACUCUCCACGGACGAGUCUACUUGCAGUGAGGACGGCGAGAGUGACCGGCCCAUGUCCAGCAGCUCGACCAUGGAGCUCGAACGGCCCCGCUCCCAUAACGCGUUUGCCGCACUGAUCCCGAGCCCGCAAAAGGAGCCGUCGUGGGACGAGCACUUGAUGGAGCUCGCGCGCGCCAAACGCGAGUACCGGACACAGUCCCAGUCGCCGGAGCACGACACUCAUGCGGCCGUCCGCGCGGCGCUGCUCCAUGGCGUCAGCGCCGAAACGCAUACCGAAGACGCGGGCACGCCGAUGCACGGCGCGCCCGCCUCGCUCUCAACGACAGGGACGGUGACGCCGCGCGCCCACGAGCAGCGCUCCCGCGCCAACUCGACGCAUUCGCAGCACGGCGUCGAGGUGUCAAGAGACGGCACAAGCCCGCAGCCCUCGGCGGUCACCGCGUCGCCCGAAGAGCAGGACAAGGCGGCGGAAACGCCACAUGCGCCAAGCGACGCGCCGAGCGAUUCGGACACGCCGCGUGCGCCGCAGUCGCCUGCUGUCCCGAGUGCACUCCCGGCGAUUGAAGAGCGUGGCGAGCCGCCGCUGCAGAUGCAGCACCGCAGCGCCACCACUACACAGCUGGGCUCGCGCCUACGCCGUGGCAACAGUGGCCGCGCGCUGCGUAGCCAAGAGCGCCUUGCGCAACGCGGCAAAGGGCACGGCGCCUCGCGGGCACAGGUCAUGCAGAUGCUCGCCAUGACCAACGCCGACGACGAGCCCAAGGCCAAGGCCAAGCCGAAAAAGAAGCGCGCGCCCAUCGUCUUUACCACCGGCUCGGACGAGGACCAAUCGGACGAGGAGGAGGCCAAGCCCCAGCGCGAAGAAGACGAGUGGAGCGAGGUCGACGAGGAGGAGGAGAAGCGGCAGCGUGCCGCCGAGCGCGCCGCUGCACGCCGCCAGCGGAAAGAGCAAGAGGAGCGCGAGCGUGUGGACAUGUUCAAGAAGCGCCCGAUCCGUUCCAUGAGUCUUGCAGACCUCUCGGCGGCGCGCCGUCCGAAAGAGGCACAGCAGGCGCCCGAGCAAGAGCCACCCGCGCGCGGCCUGCUUUCGUCCAUCUUUCACGCACCCGAGGCGCGGCACGCCGGUGCGCCGCCGGGGCGUGUCGGCCCGCAGCGCCGCAACCCCAUGUCGGGCAAGACGCUGAGCUUUGCGGCGAUGCCGCCGCGCCCGGCGCCCGGCACCGAGUCGCGGAAUACCUCGACGCCUUCCACCGCCGCGGACGUCUCUGAGGCGCGGCGCAACAGCACGACGAGCACGCCCAACAUGAGCCGCAGCAAGAGCGCGAUCGCGCUGCCGAUGCUGAACCUCACGUCAAUGCGCUCGACUACAGGCCGGCCGGACGUGCAGCGCACCUCGAGCACCGCCUCGCUCCUCUCGGGCAACUCGCAGAGCGACGAGGGCCAUGACGAUGUCGGGCCCGAGCGCACUAGGAGCAGCACCGCGCUUGUGCGCUUGUCGCAGCUCUCCCAGCGGCGCGCCGACGCGAACAAAGAGGGCGGGAGCGAGCACAAGCUUGCGUCGCUCGUGCGCUCGUACAGCUCGCGGGCGCUGCUUAAGGACCGCCCCGCGUCGCGCACCUCCAGCCAGAACUCCCCUUCGCCCACCGAGGGCCCCUCGCUCGAGGUCGAGAGCCAGGGCGAACCGCAAGACUACUUUAACCUGCAGCGUGUGCCGCAGAACGACGACGACGACGUGCUCUCCCCGAGGCAGGUGCGUUCCAUGACGCACCUCCCGAUUCCCGCACCCGCGCCGCUGCAGUCGCCCCGCACCACACGCCAAAACAUGUUGCGCGACGAACUCUCCGAGAGUCUGCGCCAAAAUCUGCUCUGGGAGCGCCAGUCGCGCGCGCGCCUCCUCGGCCUCGGCGCGCCGGACGGGAGCGGGGCCAGCACGCCUGUCGCGCCCCGCCGGAGCGUUUCCAAUAUCGGCCCGACGACACGCACCGAGGUGCAUCGAGAUGACGAGCAGUCAUUCCACCACAAGGGGUGGUAG